AUGUCUGGCGUGUCAUUGGGGUGCGGAGAAGGUAACGACCUCAAGGUAUGGUUUCAAAAUGCUCGAGCGAAGUAUCGCCGGUCAUUGCACGUUACCAGCUCGUCUUCGACAAGCGACAGAAACUUUGUGAACGCUUUCUCGCCAACCAACUUUGUCUCGGAUGCGGCAUCCGACUUUGUGGGGGAGUCCUCUUCAGCGGCGGUGGUGAAGGGUGGUUUGCGGCACUGCAUGUCAUUCUCAGACGACAGUGAUGCGAAUAUCGAAAUCUACGGCGGUUCGAACUCUGGAAGUGAGCGCUGUGGGUCGAGCUGA